AUGGGAACCCAUUUCCGCGAUUGGUCUGGGGAUGGUCUAUUCAGCUACGACUAUCUCUUUCUUCGUGCUACAGUCGUUAUCGGUCAACUUCGAUGUCUCUCAUCCGCUUACGCUCUGCUUGCCGGCCUACUCAUCUGGCUUGUAGUCGUACGCCUCUUACGUUGGAGGCACUACAAUGCAAUCCAUAGCGAGUACGGGCCGAAGUGGAAUGACGGCAAGGGCAGCAUUACUCCCGAGGAGGCACAGAAGAUCGUGAACCUCUCGACGCUGUACGAUAUGCCCUUAUUGACAUACUAUGCAUUGUCAUUUGGACUCGUUGGGUCGUAUGCGAUACCAACCAUUGCCAAGCUUCUUUAUUCGACGAAGCAAGUAAAAUCACCAGAAGCGAUCUCACGGCGUUAUGUUGAUACGGAAAUCUUCGUCACCACAUGGCUCAACUGCCCCAUGUCGGGCUUCGUGGACCUACAUGCCGGAGAGAAGCGCAUGUCCGGCGAUAAGCAACAACCGGCUGAGGACCCUCGGGCAAUGAUUGCGCUUGCAAGGGUCAAUUACCUCCAUUCUCAAUACAAAAUCCUGAAUGAGGACUACAUGUAUACGCUGUCUCUUUUCAUACGAAACACCAUCGUAGACCGUUUUGGAUGGCGUCGCCUCUCUCCCCUGGAGAAGGAGGCUUAUUACGUGUACUGGGCAGAAAUCGGAAGAAGAAUGAAGAUUCAAGAUAUUCCAGACAGUCUGGACGAAUUCACAAGAUGGAGCGAGGACUACGAAGAAAAACGCCGAGUUCCUCGUCAAGAGAACCAUGCCCUAACCGACUCUACGCUCAACGACAUCUUGCCAGUUCCAAAUGCUUUCGGUAUCAAGGCUCUGGCCAAAAAGAUGCUCCUAUGCUUCGUAGACGAGGGCAUGAGAAAGGCUACUAUGUUCGAAAAUCCGCCUUGGUACACCUUCCUACUUGUCAACAUAGCGAUGGGUGCAAUUGCUUUCUGCCAAAGAUGGUUGAUGCUCCCCGAGUUUACUCCUCGCUCUGUCGUCGACAUGGACGUAUCUCCCAAGUACCUCAAAAGCGGUCAAUUCCCUCGCCUCCAUCCCAGAAUAUGGGGAUCGAUCCCGUGGUAUAGACCCGAAGCUACAGGGCUGGGCUAUCUUCGAGAUCGGUUACUUGUUGCGCUUGGGUGGUAUGCAGAAGCACCGGGGCCGAGGUUGAGGAGCCAAGGGUAUCGGCUUGAAGAAAUGGCAAGCUCUCCUUAA